AUGGUAGUACCGCGAUAUUCGGGACCUUCAUUUCUUUUUAUUGGAAUCGGGGUUGUUAUAGGUUUCUUUGGAUCGUUUUUUUUUGAUUUGUCAGAAUACCGGAAAAGCAUAGAUCUCUAUGCUUUCCGUCCGAUUAAAGAUAAUGCACACAGUCAUGCAGACCCUCAUUCGCAUGAAGAAGUUGACGAUGUUGACGGCCCAAAGAAAGCUAUGCAUUUUCAUGAAAACGACACUAACCCACAUAAAGGUGAAGAUGAGUUAGCUCAAACAAUUGCGAAAAAAGUGCGAGUUUUCUGUUGGAUUCUAACAGGGAAACAAAACCACCAGAAAAGAGCUCAACACGUGAAAGCAACGUGGAGUAGGCGCUGCAAUAAGUACUUAUUUAUGUCGUCUGAGAAGGACGAUAAUUUGCCAUCUGUAAAUCUGAAUGUUUCUGAGGGGAGGAAUCACCUUUGGGCAAAGACGAAAUCUGCGUUCAAAUACGUGCACGAUCAUUAUAUAAAUGAUUACGACUGGUUUUUGAAAGCUGACGAUGAUACAUACGUUGUAGUCGAAAACUUGAGGUAUUUGCUUUUGGCUCAUUCACCCGAUGAGCCUAUUUUCUUCGGAUGUAAAUUUAAACCGUUUACGAAACAGGGUUAUAUGAGUGGUGGAGCUGGUUAUGUUUUGUCGAGAAGUGCGGUCAAAAAGUUUGUUAAUGAAGGUUUAACUAAUCCAUCAAAGUGCUCUAGGAAAGAGGGCGGUGCGGAAGACGCAGAAAUGGGGAAGUGUUUGGAAAAGAUUGGCGUUAAAGCUGGAGAUUCUAGAGACUCUGACGGACAUCACAGGUUUAUGCCAUUUGUUCCUGAACAUCAUUUGGUAGAAGGUCAUAUUGAUCCAUCUUUCUGGUUUUGGAGCUACACUUAUUACCCAUUUGAUCAGGGCCCAAACUGUUGCAGUGACUACGCUGUUUCAUUUCACUACGUUAAUCCUCAGCUUAUGUAUGUCUUAGAAUAUCUCAUAUACCAUCUGAAACCUUUCGGUAAGUUUUAUUAUCGGAAAAUAGAGAGAGGAUCUCGCUAA